AUGGCCUCCACCGCCGCAGAUCAGACUCUUGGUGCUCCAGUCAAGCGGGAACCAUCGCCAAUCAUUCUCAGCGAUAUUCCAGAGACGGCGACGGCAGAGGGCGGUUGUGAUAAUCCCUACCGCUUGGACGACGAACAUCGCAGUCCGCAGCCUCACGGCCCGAAGGAUCAAGAUCAACAACAGCCGGUCGAGCCUGAAGUCCAAGAUACCCCCUCUUCAUAG